AUGGUGAUGGUGAUGUCGUGCGUGGGUAUGGGCGAUGCGGUGCUCCGCGAUCGACUGCCAACUUUAUGGCGUCGUAUAGAAGACGCUCACUACAGUUACCUGGAAACGGAUGAUAGCCCCGAGAAAUUGCAGCAGAAGAAGAAAUUAGAAGACUAUAUAAUAGAAUAUUUAUCGUUAGUGCCUCAUGAGUGCAAGUUUGGGCUGGCUGAAACGGGGAAGGUGUUCCAGAGGACUGUUAACGAGUUGUCAGAUUUCAGUGCGUACCGCGCUGGGCUAGGAUGGGCAGCGCUCGCGAGGUACGCGGCUAACUUAUUAGCACAGCCUUGGAGAAAAGAGUACAGGGUUAUAAGGUUAUACUGCGGCUAUUUCAAACACGAAGUCGAAGCUAACAUGGUCGGUGCAGAGAUACUUCUUCACACAAUGGGAUACAAGUCAGCGGGGUCUGGGCGACUGGAGCUAGAGGGGCCCAUAUGUCCGGAUAUGGUCGCCGCUGUCUCUAGGGAUGCUCUCAUCGCGCAGUGUGAAUGUCAGAUUAUGUCUCACAUCUGGGAGGCGGUGUGGAGCUCAGGCGCAAGGAUAUCGUGGCGAGAGGUAUGCGCCGAGCGAGUGGCGAGAGCCUCUGCGCCUGCGCAGGCCGCCGCUCACCUCGCCGCGCCUCCCGCGCCCUCCUCACACCCCGCUCACCCCUCGCACUCCGCCGCUGCCGAUAGAGGCAAAAUCUUGUACAACGACACUUCAGAUAUAUAUUCGAACAUACCAACGACGAUCCCUGCAGAGCCAUACCGAAGCAGACUAAUAGACAGUCGAUACAACGCCACACAACCACACUGCAACCACAUAUGCGAAGAUAUGCCCCCAGAAAACCAUAUACCCCCUCUGAAUCCUUACCUGGUACCGCAAGGGGUUAUGCCUCAAGUUAUGUACCCUCAUCUCCAUCCCGAUGUUCCUGUUACUAUGCCACAUUGUUCCACAGUCCCGAUGAUGACCCCCUACGGCAUCCCAUAUUACUACCCGGUCCAAUCCCCAUAUAUGAUCCCCACACCUGUAUAUGCUCCUAUUAAACACGCCGCCACAGUUCCGGUUAACGGGUACCCUCCUAUGCCCCAAUACAGGUACGACUCCGUACCCACUGGGCAACUAAUCGAGCUAGACACCCCUUCAGUUUACGAGAAUGGCAAAUUCGAGAGGUACAAAGAAGAUGAAAGAAAUCAUAGGAAGAGUAGGCUAGAAUCUUCUAGAAGGAACAGCACAUCUAAAUCAGGAUUAAGUGAUGUUACUCUUCCUAGUAUACCUCGGUCUGAUACGCAACCAGCUCUAAGUAAAGCAAAAGAAGAUGGCAUGGGUACCUACGAAAGCUGGGAUUACGUGUUCAGGAACUUAUCGAGCAAAGAUCAAGAUCCGGAAGCUAGAAGUCGAUACUCUCCAUCGUUCGAUAGAGAUUCUAGAACACUCGAUAGAUUAGACAGAGAAGAAAGGAGAGCGAAAUAUCAGCCGACAACGCUUGAUUUAGAAGAUGGUAUGCAAGCGCUUAACCUUGACCGUUCUUAUGACGAAGAAGUUUACCGCACGGCCAAGGUGAACGAAAUAAUAAGAAUCAAGCAGGAACAAGAAUUAAAACGGGCAAAACAUUUAGCGAAGAAAGCACUAGACGAAAGAAAACCUAAAAGACAUUUGCCGGAGCCGGUUGGAAACCCCAAAGCGGAUGCUUUAAUAACCCCUAAAAUUGCCCCAGAUAAGGUUAAGUUACUGUCAAAGAAGGACAUACGAGAUAGGAAGGAGGUUGUAAAGCAGCAAAAUACUGUAAACGGUGAACGGGUCUCGAGUACAGUCGAGGUGAAGAAGGUGAAGAAACCUGCGAAGUUGGUUGCUGCUGAAGUAGACAAGUCGAAGACAAAACCGGUUGAGAAUGGUGUACAUAGUACGGGGCACGGUUCUAAGACUAAUAUAUCGUCCAAUUCACACCAAACAAGCUACGACUUAAAGGCGCAGCUUAUCGUGUCACUGGACGAAGCGGAUAGCGUGCGGCGGUCACCACCCAAACAGCCCCUUCAGAACGGCGAUCGACCUAGCAGGACACAAAACCACCACACGAGUGAAAGAGAGAGGCCAGAUACUGCAAGUAGUGAGGCGAAAAGAGACAAAUGGGAGUGCGCAACAUGCACAUACUUGAAUAGAAACGCUCUAGCUGCAUGUGAAAUGUGUGGUAAGUCUAAGCGGGGGCCCGAGAUACAACCGCUGAGGUCUGGGGGGCGCGAGUGUCCUGCUUGCACCCUAGUCAACGAACGAGACGCAAAGAUAUGCGACGCUUGCGGCACGAGCCUAGACCAUUGUCCCACCUACAUAUAA